GCGUGCGUGUGCGUGUGCGCGUGCGCGUGCGCGUGCAUUAGUCAGUCUCACUGAUCUCAGUCUCAUUCAGGCCUUGUUGACGUUCAGUUUCAUACUUUCGCCGCUCUUAGUCACGAUGCCGACCAUUAAACUGCAGAGCUCUGAUGGAGAGAUGUUCGAGGUGGAUGUUGAAAUCGCCAAACAGUCUGUGACUAUAAAAACCAUGCUUGAAGAUCUGGGGAUGGAUGAUGAAGGAGAUGAUGAUCCGGUUCCUCUGCCCAAUGUAAACGCAGCCAUCCUCAAGAAGGUGAUUCAGUGGUGCACCCACCAUAAAGACGACCCUCCUCCCCCUGAAGACGAUGAGAAUAAAGAGAAAAGAACGGACGACAUCCCCGUGUGGGACCAGGAGUUCCUUAAAGUAGACCAGGGCACCCUCUUCGAACUCAUUCUGGCUGCAAAUUACUUGGACAUCAAAGGCUUGCUAGAUGUUACUUGCAAGACGGUUGCAAACAUGAUCAAAGGCAAAACCCCAGAGGAGAUCAGAAAGACUUUCAAUAUCAAAAAUGAUUUUACAGAGGAAGAGGAAGCCCAGGUACGUAAGGAGAACCAGUGGUGUGAAGAGAAGUGAAGAUCCUGACACACUUUAACACUAUGGAUUGUUCCAAAAAAACAACAAAAAAGUAAUUAAAAAAAAAUUGCACUGCGCUGUUGAUAUUUGAGAUUUAACACGAAUAAACAUAGUCAAAUUCCUUGUGUUUUGCUAGCAUGACCAUUCUCCUUGCUUGUGUGGUGUAAAAGCCUUUUUUUAAUGUCAUUCCUCUUCUGAUGAAUGGAGUAGCUUUCACUCUCACCCAUGUAGAGAAUACACUCCCCUUUCUUAUACCACGCUGUUUUAUUUUAUUUGAACGGAGCUUGUCACCAAAUGGCAGAUUCUGUUUUCUGUUUCUGAACAUAUAGCUUAAGGAACAUUUUCUAAGCAGCCUUAUUUGUGCUGAUGAAAGGCCAGUGUUGGAAAUCUGAAGGUUGAGAUGUUUGAAACGUGUCUUGUGAACUGGAAGUACUCGUGUCUGCUUUCACUUCAUGUGCUCUGCCUCAUUGUAUAGGAUUGACAGUCUUUCACGGUUCUGCCCUGAAAUGGCAGGCGAUUAGGAUUAUGAAUCUUUUAAUUCCAAAAAAAUAAAACAAGAUUAUUGUGGGA